AUGGAGUUUAUCAGACAUCCCCGAUGCCACGUCCAAAGGUGCGCCCGGAAAAUCGUCAACGAUCCUGUCGAGCAUGUUUGGCUUGCAAGGCUUCUAAAAUUAGGUGCGACGGCAAAGACCCUUGCGGAUCGUGUUUACGACGUGAUCUGGGCAACUCAUGCAUAUACUCGGGUGUUGACCGGCGACGCAAAGGUAAGGGCAAGUCGGGAGAUGUUGAGCCCCGGUGUUCUAGAUGUUCUGACCGCAUAUGAGCUCGAAACUCUCCUUUCCAAUAGUCAGGACAUUCUCCCCCAGUCUCCACGUGUUUCUGGCGACCUGAAAGCCAUAUUUGACCUCGUUUUUGCUAUUGGAGCCCAGGCACGAGGAUCUGGCAGUGAUCCGCAUAUUUCCACUUCUCAUUUCCUGCGCGCCCGUGCUACGGCCUUUCAGGGAAUGUUGAUGACCCAAACUUUCGAUAUGGUGCGGUUAUUUACCCUUCUCACGUUCUAUACCCUCGGCGCCUGCAACCGAAAUGCUGCAUCGAUGUUUCUGAGUGUCGCAGCAAAAGCUGCCGUUAUUUUGAGCCUCAACGCCACCGGAAAUGAUCAGAACUCCUCGGAAGAAGAGAGAUGCGCCAGCGUGCGAAACCUCGAUGUUUUGAGCAGCUUCAUUUUCGGGCGACCGAAAAGCUUACCAGCUCUUGCCACCGAUUGGCUUGAGUCUCCACAAUAUGAUCUUGGACGUGGGCGAAAGUCAUGCCCCCUGUUUACUGCAAUGGCCAAAGCUUGCAAUCUACUUGAUCAGAUCGUUGAUACUCUAGGAAUUAACGGAAAUAUUCUCCAUGUUCCUGCUGCCGAGGACCUGCUUAGACACCUGCGACAGUGGAGUCGAGAAUUGCCUCCGCAUAUUCGUCGGUUUCCAGUGAAAUGCAAUACGAAUGUCAUGCUGCAACCUGCCGAUCGCCAAGCACUGCUUGGGAGCCUACACAUAUGGGGUGUGCAUUACUUCGCCGUCCUGCUGAUUACGCGCCCAUUUCUCGUGGCAUACUUGAUGUCGAGAUUACGUGGCAAAGCACCAGAUGAUCUUAUCAGCGACCCCAACGAGGCAUCGGACGUGAGCAUCAAGAACAGCAAAGUAUCAAGAUUAGCGCAGGUUUGUGUCAGUUCGGCCAUAGACAUGGUCAAUAUGGCGUGGGUCUUCGGUGCGGGCUUGGUCCUCGGUUUCUCAGUAUUCGCUGGGGAUCCACGCAAAGACAUCGAGAAUGCCUUCCACAAUGUGCACAUCAUUCUGGGAGAUAUAGCUUUAAGUAGCCCUCAAGCUCGGCUGUACCGCAACAUACUCACGAGCUUUGCCGAGGCAAUAAAGAGAUACCAACAGCGAGUGACCGACGAAAGAGAUUAUACUGUACAACAUUAUAUGGAUCGGGUGUUGAUUUUUGACGGAUCGCUGGAUGGUGAGAAUACCACCGAAGAAGGCUUCAGCACCAUUUCUCCAGCGUUGAGCUAUGGAUGGCAAUCGUAUCUGGCUACCGCUUCCCAGUCGCAAUCGGUUGUUGAUUUAACAGGUCUACCACCGUUCUCAGAUGUGAACGACCGCUUUGAUGUAGGAAACGAUGACUGCGCAGGAGUCGGGCUUGGAUUUCUGGACUGCUUGCAGCCGGAGCUUGAGUCGUUCGAUCAUUUGUUCUACACGGUUGAGUAA